AUGCCCCCGGCAGAUAUCUCGGAGACCUAUCGGACGACACUAUGGACGUUACGGUCAAGUCUAUUUCGAUCUAAUCUAGAUGACGAUGGGAUACAAUCAGCACUACUGGAUCACGCACUUCUAUAUAGAAGGCAUACGAUUCCAUUAGAGCAUAACACACCGUUUGCGAUCAAGUGGCUACAAUUACCAAUUAAGGUAUGGCACUCGGAUAAUAAGAAGACCGUGGACGACCAGAUCCGUAAGGUUCUAGACGAGAUGGGGUUCAUCUAUACCUUCACGGUCCCAUAUUCCCCGGAGAUGAACGGUCCAGGUGAACGUUCUGGAGGAGUGCUCACGCUUCGAGCUCGAGCGCUUAUUAAAGAAGGCAAGUUGCCGGACAAGCUCUAG